UGCGCGAAUGAGUGCAGGUGGGGCUGGUGGUCUACAUCGCGAUGAUCGCUGCAGCGUUUCUAGUUUUAUUGAGACCAUUAAGUAUCCAAUGUGCCCUUAUAUUAUUGCUGCUUCUACUGGGAACUAUAGCGACAAUCUUGUUCUUCUGCUGCUGGCAUCGCAGGCUUCAUAGCGGCAAGCAUCCUAUUAAAUCUGUGCUUUCAGGGCGCUCAAGAAGUCGUGCUGGUUUCCGAGCACAUCAUUUUCGAUCCGAGAGCUUCAGGCACAGUCCACGUCAUGCCCGGCGGACUGCCAGGGCGCGUGUGCCGGAGGAGACCAAGCCUCUCGUCGACAUAGCUGAGAGUGAACCAGACUCCACUCCCACGCUGAGAAAGCGUAAAGUGAAGAAGAGAGUACAGCCUGAAUUUUAUCAGUCUAUUCAGGUCACUCCAACACGCAAGCCACCAAGCUCCGGUUCGGGGAACGCAUCGCUUCGGGGUUCUAUGUCUUCAUCGGCGGAUUUUUCGGAUGAUGAGGACUACAGCCAUAAAUCCGGGUCUGCCUCACCGGCUCCCGGGGACACUUUACCGUGGAAUUUACCCAGACAUGAACGCUCAAAGCGAAAAUUUCAGGGAGGAUCCAUACUGGAUCCAGCCGAGAGAGCCGUGCUCCGGAUCGCUGAUGAAAGAGAUCGAGUACAGAAAAAGACAUUCACAAAAUGGAUAAACCAACAUCUUCUCAAGGUACGAAAGCAUGUAAAUGACCUGUACGAAGACCUGAGAGAUGGACAUAACCUGAUCUCCUUGUUGGAGGUCUUGUCUGGAGAAUCACUGCCGCGGGAGCGUGAUUUUCUGAAGACGUUGCGGUUGCCGCGGGAGAAAGGCCGCAUGCGCUUCCACAGACUCCAGAAUGUACAGAUAGCACUGGACUACCUGAAGAGGAGACAGGUGAAACUGGUGAACAUCAGAAAUGAUGACAUCACAGACGGGAACCCCAAGCUGACGCUGGGCUUAAUAUGGACCAUAAUUCUGCACUUUCAGAUCUCGGACAUCCACGUGACGGGAGAGUCCGAGGACAUGACGGCUAAGGAGCGGCUGCUGCUGUGGUCUCAGCAGAUGACGGACGGCUACGUGGGCGUCCGCUGCGACAACUUCACUACCUCCUGGCGGGACGGAAGGCUCUUCAAUGCCAUCAUUCACAAAUACAGACCUGACCUGAUAGAUAUGAGCAGAGUCUCGGUACAGACGAACAGGUCCAAUCUGGAAACAGCAUUCGGGGUAGCCGAGCGACUUGGAGUUGCUAGGUUACUAGACCCAGAGGAUGUGGAUGUACAAUCGCCAGACGAGAAGUCUGUCAUCACCUACGUUUCAACACUGUACGAUGUCUUCCCUAAAGCACCGGAGGGGGGCGAGGGUAUCAAUGCAAAUGAUGUUGACAUCAAAUGGGUUGAAUACCAGAACAUGGUGAAUUACCUCAGCCAGUGGAUCAAACACAACGUGGCCAUCAUGUCUGACAGAACAUAUCCCAACAACCCUGUGGAGCUCAAGGCACUUUACACACAGUAUCAGCAGUUUAAAGAAGGUGAAAUUCCACUGAAAGAGAAUGAGAAAUCUCGAAUACAGAAGUUGUAUAAAAUGUUGGAGGUGUGGAUCGAGUUUGGUCGUAUCCACCUGCCCCAAGGCUGCCACCCCAACGACGUGGAGAAGGAGUGGGGCAAGCUGAUCGUGGCCAUGCUGGAGAGGGAGAAGAGCCUCAGGCCUGAACUGGACAGACUGGAAAUGUUGCAGCAGAUUGCCAACCGGGUGCAGCGAGACUGUGUGUCAGGCGAGGACAAGCUAGCUCUAGCACGCACGGCUCUGCAGUCCGAUGCCAAGCGCCUGGAGUCUGGUAUCCAGUUCCAGAACGAGGCUGAGAUCGCCGGGUACCUGCUGGAGUGCGAGAACCUCCUGCGACAACAGGUGGUGGACAUCCAGAUCCUGCUGGAUGGCAAAUUCUACCUGGCCGACCAGCUCGUUCAGAGGGUCUCCAAGCUGCGUGACGACCUGUUGACCUUGCGGUCGGAGUGCUCGUCGGUCUACAGCAAGGGCCGCAGCGCGCUCACCACCGAGCAGACCAAGAUGAUGAUCUCUGGCAUCACGCAGAGCUUAAACGCCGGCUACUCCUCCCCGAGCCUGAGCGCCGGCCUCACGCCCUCCUCCCUCACCCCAGGAGCAGGAGGAGCAGCAGGAGUAGUAGGCGGCUUCUCCUCCUCCAGCCUCCAGACGCCCUGCCUCACCCCCGGGGGACUCACGCCAGGCAUGACCCCCGCCAUGACCCCCGCAGGCCUGCAGACCGCCUCCGUACAGACCUUUAUCAGCGGAGGUGGAGGUGUGGAUGCAGGGAUGGGUGGCGGAGGUGGAAUGGGAGUUGGAGCAGGUGGCAUUGGAGCUGGUGGCAUCGGAGCGGGUGGCAUCGGUGGCAUGGGAGGUCUCGGAGGCGUCGGCGGGGUGGUCGGAGGCGUUGUCGUGGGCGGCAUGGACAUGGCCCUUCAGCAGCUGAAGCAGAUGCAGCUCCGGAAGCCGCAGCUCAAGUCGUCGGACCCCAACCAGAGUGAGGAGGAGGCCAACAUGGCAUACGUGCAGGACCUCAUCAGCUGGGUGGAGGAGAUGCAGGUCCAACUGGACAAAGCGGAAUGGGGAACUGACCUACCGAGUGUGGAGUCACAUCUGGAAAAUCACAAGAGUGUCCACCAAGUGAUCGAGGAGUUCCAGAUGAGCCUAAAGGAAGCUAAAUUAAACGAGAUUCAGAUGAACCAACCAAUGAAAGCCAGUUACUCUGAGAAGCUCAGCCAACUGGAAACCCUAUAUGGAAAACUUCUGAACUGUUCGAGGGACAGGAAGAAGCACCUGGAGAGUCUCCACGACUUCGUUUCCAGGGCGACCCAGGAGCUGAUCUGGCUGAACGAGAAGGAGGAAGAGGAGGUGGCCUUCGACUGGAGCGACCGCAACAGCAACGUCUCCAGGAAGAAGGAAUACCAUGCCGACCUGAUGAGAGAACUUGACGAGAAGGAGGAGGUGAUCAAGUUUGUGCACGACAAAGCCGAAACCCUCCUGGCGGAAAACCACCCGGCCAGACUCACCAUCGAAGCUUACAAGGCUGCCAUGCAGACCCAAUGGAGCUGGAUCCUGCAACUCUGCUCCUGUGUAGAAGAACACCUGAAAGAAAACACCGCCUACUUCGAGUUCUUCAAAGACGCCAAAGAGUCCCUUGACUACCUGAAGGGCCUGCAAGAUGCCAUCCACAGGAAAUAUGGGUGUGACCGCACCAGCAGCCUGCACAGGCUUGAAGACCUAAUCCAGGAAUCUAUGGAUGAGAAGGAGCAGCUUCUUCAGUACCGCAGUACGGUGGCAGGUGUGGUGCGGAGGGCCAAGGACAUCGUGCAGCUGAAGCCCCGCAGCCCCGACAGCCCCAUCAGGACAUCCCUGCCCGUCAAGGCCAUCUGUGACUACCGACAGAUAGAGAUCACUAUCUACAAAGACGAUGAGUGCGUGCUGGCGAGCAACUCUCACCGGGCCAAGUGGAAGGUCAUCAGCCCCUCGGGAAACGAGGCCAUGGUGCCGUCCGUCUGCUUCACCGUCCCACCGCCCAAUAAGGAGGCAGCGGACCAGGCCAGCAGGAUUGAACAAACAUACCAGAACGUCUUGGCCCUGUGGCACCGCUCCCAUGUCAACAUGAAGAGUGUGGUGACCUGGCACUACCUUAUGGCCGACAUCCAUGCCAUCCGCAACAGCAACGUCGCAUCGAUCAGGACCAUGUUGCCAGGUGAGCACGAGCAGGUGCUGAGCGGGCUGCAGGCCCACUUCCAGGAGUUCCUGGAGGACAGCGAGGAGUCGGAGGUGUUCACGGUGGCCGACCGCAGCCAGUUGGAGAGAGACGUGCUGGCCUGCAAGGAGUACUACGAGGACCUGCUCAAGAACGCAGAGAGAGAGGAACACGAGGAGUCGGUGUACAACCUCUUCAUCGCCGACAUCCGCAACUUCCGCAUGCGUCUGGAGGGCCACGAGGAACAGCUGAUUCGGCAGAUCCGCACCCCCCUGGACCGAGACGACAUUCAACAGAGCAUCAUGCGCAUCGCCGAGCAAGAGCAAAAGAAGGUCGACCUGGAGCAGUUGAAGGAGGAGAUUGAUGUGAUGAGGGAGAAGUGUGAGGUGUUCCUGAGGGGGGCUGCCUCCCCGCCCCCCUCCCUCCCCCUGGAGCUCCAGAACCUGGUGCAGGCCACCGGCCUCGUGCACUCCAUGUGCUGCAUCUACCUGGAGAAGUUGAAGUCCAUCAGUGUGGUGGUAAAGCACAGUCAGACAGCCGAGUCUCUGGUGAAACUGUACGAGGCCAAACUGUGUGAGGAAGACGCACUGAACUCUGACAUGAAGUCCAUCGAAAACAUCACGAGCACUCUGAAGCUUUGGCGUUCAGAAAUUGACGAAAAGAGGGAGGUAUUCCACGACCUUGAGGAUGAGUUGCAGAAGGCCCGUGUCAUCAGCGACCGCAUGUUCAAGACACACAACGAACGCGACUUUGACCUUGACUGGCACAAGGAGAAAGCCGAUCAGCUGGGCGAGAGGUGGAAUAGUGUCCACUCGCAGAUCGAGAGCAGACUCCGUGACCUGGAGGGUAUCAGCAAGUCUCUAAAGUAUUACAAAGAUGCAUAUGGCAGUCUGGAUGAGUGGGCCACAGAGCUGGAGACAGUUCAGAUGAAGAUGCAGGAGAACCAUCCUGAAGACAGCAAGGCCCUGGCAGAGCUGCUCAACAAACAGAAGAUGCUUGUAUCUGAAAUGGAGCAGAAGCAGUGUAAGAUUGAUGAGUGCCAGAAAUACUCCGAACAGUACUCCGCUGGAGUCAAGGAUUACGAGCUGCAGCUGAUGACCUACAGAGCCAUGGUGGACUCCCAGGCCAAGUCUCCUAUGAAGCGCCGGCGGAUGCAGAGCUCCUCAGACUCCAUUCUUCAGGAGUUCAUGGAUCUCCGCACACGCUACACCACAUUGGUGACGAUGAUGACACAGUAUGUGAAGUUCGCAAGUGAGACACUGAAAAGGACAGAGGAAGAAGAGAAAUCUGUUGAGGAGGAGAAGAAAGAGCAUGGGGAUAAAGUUAGCAAACUCCUGCACUGGGUAUCCAGUGUUAAUGGAAACGUGAGCAAAGACGAGAAAGUUGGAAAAGAUGGCAAAGCCACAUCAGAGAGCUCUAGUAAGCCAAAGGUGUCUGUGGAGGAAAUUGUGACCAAGAAGGAACAAAUAGCUGAAGCGCUGAGAUCAACACAGCUGAUGCUUACCAAGCACAGUGACAAGAUGACAGAAGAGGAGAAACAGGAGGCUAAGGACCAGCUGAAGUCUCUCCACCAGGCCUACAGUGACCUCUCCGAGCAGUAUGCUGAUGCACAGGCGCCCUCUACUGACAAAGCUAAGGGUUUCCAGACCAUUGGAGGGGUUCUGGAGCUGGGCAGUGGGGCGGUGUUGUCCGUCUGCUGCUCCAUGCAGUGUGGCCUGAUCGACCACGCCACCGGGCUGAGCCUCCUGGAGGCCCAGAUCAUAACGUCAGGACUUGUUGCUCCCGACGCCAACACAUGCCUGGACUUGGAGGAUGCUGUCAGGCAAGAGCUUGUCGACGCACCCACCUACCAGCGGCUCCAGGACUUGGAUGCUGCCAACAAGCGCCUGUCAAAUCCCAAGUUUAGCUGUGAACCUCUUCCUGUCAUCGCUGCGCUGAAGGAGGGAGUCAUCUCAGAGCAUUUGGCAAUAAAGAUUUUAGAGAUCCAACUGGCUACUGGGGGAUUAAGAACAACCUCUUCUGGGGAGGUCUUUAACCUUGAUAGAGCAGUCCAGCACGGUAUGAUCCCCGCCGAUUUUCUCAGCAAACUCGGCAAGGACCAUAGCGUCUCGAAGCUCCUGAUUGACCCCAACACAUCUGAGAUGGUCUCCCUCAUUCAGCUCGUGCAAAGGAGCAUUGUCCACGAAGAAACUGGCCUGCGCCUGUUGCCCGUGAAACCCAGGACAGACGGCAACAUCUGGCUGAAGUCUGGAAGAGAGUUUGGUAUUCUCAGAGCCGCCCACGAGGGCGCCAUCGAUCAAGAGACUAAGCUUCGCCUCCUGGGUGCACAGCUGUGCGCAGGGGGCAUCGUGGACCAAAGAACAGGAUUCAAACUCACUGUUGAAGAAGCUUUAUCAGAGGGCCUAAUCGAUCAAGAGACUGCUAGUGGUGUACUGAAUCUCCAAGUCCAAAAUGGUGGCAUAGUUGACCCUCAUAACGGAAAGAGACUCACUGUUGAUGAAGCUGUCCAAUGUGAUUUAAUGAGUUCCACUAGCGCACUGUUAGUGCUGGAGAGGCAAAAGGGUUUCAUGGGUCUUUUGUGGCCUGACUCAGGAGAAAUCCUGACUGUUACCUCUUCCCUGCAACAUGACAUCAUUACCAACGAAGUAGCAUCCAGUCUCCUCUGCAACCGACAGAAAAUCGCUGCCUUUUACAUUCCAGAAAGCUCUGAAGUAGUCGACAUUGACGCUGCCACCAGACAUGGCCUGAUUGACGAAUACACGGCAGAGGUGUUAAAAACAGUGGAGAUACCCGACUCUUUUCCUGACAUUGACGACCUGAACAGGAAGUUCUCGUCGUGGUUGGUGUGGCGUGAGCUGCAAUUGGAGGGAGGAGCCCAUGGUGGGUCUCAACCGGUUCCAGAAGUGGAUGGAAAGCAAAUGAGCGUACCGUCUACUGAAGAGGCGCGGCAACUAUUCAUCUCCUAUCUAAUGAUGAACAGCUACAUGGACCCAAACACUGGGCAGAGGCUUCUCGUGUUUGAUGGGCAACUCAAUAAAAUGGCAAAAGUGUUCAUGGAAAUCUCAGGGGGUAAUGGGGGACGUGAUGAGGAGAAAACCCAUGUGUCAACGUGUCAUUCGUCAAAGUUUAUGGAUAUCUCCUUGGAUGAAGAGGAAGAGGAUAUGUGUUGUGAAAGCGUAAAGCACUCAAGUAGUACGAACUUGAACAUUUCAAAGGGGCAAUGCAAUGGGAAUGUAGAAGAAGCAGUAAGGCAAGAUUGUGUUACGGGGUUAAGUAAAGAUGAAAUAAAGGCAGAAAGUGUACGUGGGAAACUGAAAGAGACCCCUGUGAGUCCUCAAACAUCCAGCAAUAUGUCUAAUCAACAAACCGCAGCUGAGGCAUUCAGCAAAAUGUCUAAUCAACAAUCUGCAGCUGAUGCAUCCAGCAAAAUGUCAGUGCAAUCUGCAGAUGAUGAUCUCAAAGACCAAACUGAGGACUUAGAUGGUUCAUCUUUGGUUACACAGUUAUAUGCGUAUUCAAAUAUUUUGAAUGGAUCAUAUAGUAACAGAAUUUUAGAAAAAAUAUUAGAAGAGAGUGGUGAGUCAGACUCACCAGAUGAUGACGAAAUGGAAGUUGACAAGUUUCGUAAAGCUGCGGGAAAAGCCAGUGAAACACCUGGCACAAGUGCAUCCAAUGCAGCAAAGGGGUCUGGCAUUUCGACCAACACGAGUUCUGAUAAGGAUGUCUUGCACAUCACAGAAACAUCAAUUUUGCAAAUAGAUGAGGACUAUACAACAAACAGACCAUCAUUUACCAGCGAGGUAACAAAGUCAAUGGACAUGUUCGCAGAGUACCCAUACAGAGACCGCUCUUGGAAUGAAAAGAGCGAGAGGGAGUUUGCCAUACAUCUUCUGAAAGUGCAGGUGGAAGAAGGAGGCAUUUUAGAUGUCACCUCAGGCAAGCGAUACAGCCUGGACGCCGCUCUUGACAAGGGCAUUGCUGAUGAGGAGAUGGUUCUGGAAGUACUCGCGUCACUGCUCCAUAAAGGCAGGGCUGCUGGGAACCCCACGGGGACCAUGGCAACCUUGCAGGAAGCUGUGUCCAAAGGCUACUUAUCCCUCCAAGUGGCACUGCAGAUCAUGGAGCAGCAGAAUCUGUUGGGUGGAUUUUACAGCUCAGACGCUGGCCACACCAUCAGUGUGUCUGAGGCACUUGAAUGUGAUCUGAUAAGUGAUGAAAUGGCUCAUAGGAUACUGAACUCCCAACCUGUCAGGAAAGCUGUUAUAGAUCCAGAUGGCAAAUGUCUCCGCAGUGUGGCUGAUGCACAGGCUCUAGGUAUGCUAGAUGAGGAAGAAGCAGAGAAUAUGUUGAGCCAGAAAGAAAAGAAGAAGGUGGCCAUUAUGGUUUUAGACCUUCCUGAUGAGAAGUGUAAAAACAGACUUCACCAAAGCUCAAACAGUAGAACUCUGGAACCCCCACAACGUUCUGAACAAUCAAGUUCAUGUUCUGAAGUGUCACCUCCCAAACAAAAUAGUAAAAUUACUGUCACGUCCCAUCUCAGAAAUUCACCUAUUCCUAUUACACAGACAAUAGAGGAGUAUCCGCAAGGCCACAAUCACACUACAAAGAAAGACAAUCCUUCACAAAGUCUAUCUGAGGCGACUGGAUUUCCAGGUUUUCUCAAAAAUAAUAGCAGUCCCAAGGGUCUGAUAAGUAGUCAUACCAGGAGUGAGAAGAGUUCAUUUGAAGUUGAGAGUGAUGCUGGAGACUAUGACAGGGGCAGUCAGAAGGAGGGAACUGGAUUUCCAGAAUUUGUCCAAAGUAACGCAGGCCCCAAGAGCGUGUUAAGUAUUCAAAGCAGAAAUGAGAGGGAUUCAUUGAAAGUAGGGAAGGACGCUCUAGAAAAUGGCAUUGGUAAACAGAACAUUGGCUUUGACCAGCCUAAAGCAAUUGGAUCCCCAGGUUUUGUCAAAAGCAAUAUUAGCUCAAAGAGUCUCUUAAGUAGUGAUAAGAAGAGUGGCAAAGACUCAUUUGAAGCAGAGAAUCUUGCUUUAGUGCAAAACAAGGGUAAUCAGAUUCUUGAUAUUGAUCAGCCUGAGUCAACCAGAUUUCCAGGAACUGUCCAAAAUAGCACCCAAAGCCCCAUGACUGUGCCGACUAGUCAAGGCAAACUUGAGAGGGAUUCAUUUAAAGUAGGCAGUGAUGCUCUAGGACAGAAAAAGGGCAAGACGAGCAUUGAUGUUGAUCCGCCUGAGGCAGCUGGACAUCCAGAUUUUGUCAAAAAUAAUAUUGGCUCCAAGAAUCUGUUUAGUGGUCAUAGCGGUGGAGAUAGAGAUUCAUCUGAAGUAGAGAGUGAUACUGUAGGUCACAACAAGCGAUAUCAGAGUGUUGAUACUGACCAGACGGAGGCAACUGGACUUGUCAAAACUAACAUUUGCUCCAAGAGUAUGUUAAGCAGGCAUAUCAGGAGUGAGAGGGAUUCAUCUGAAGUAGAGAGUGACGCUGUAGGUCACAACAAGCGAUAUCAGACUGUUGAUACUGACCAGACUGAGGGAACCGGAAUUCCUGGACUUGUCAAAAGCAAUAUUUCCUCCAAGAGUAUGUUAGGCAAUCAUAGCAGGAGUGAUAGGGAUUCCUUUGAGGAAGGGCCUGAUGCUCCAGGCCAUGAAAGGGACAGUCAGAACAUUGUUGCUGCUGACCAGUCUGAAGCAACUGAAUUCCCAGUUUUCCCAGCCAAAAAUACCAUUAGCUCCAGGAGUCUGCUGAGCAGUCGUAGCAAGAGUGAGAGGGAUUCGUUUGACGUAGAGAACGAUGCUCCAGAGGAUGACAAAGACGAUCAAAACACUAAUGCUGACCAGUGUCCUGAAGAUGUUGGUUUCAUCGCUAGCGAAAGGCAGGUGCAGUACCGUGAGGUGGCGUUGAACCAAACCGUGAGUCCCGUUCAGAGUGAUUCAGGCAUAUCCUGCUCAUCCCCCAGUGAUAUAUGCGCUGAUGAAAGGAAGACAGAAUCCCUGCUGAAUGCUGACCAGCAGAUCAGUACUGUCAAGGAGGGCUCGAAGGAUAGGCAGCAGCGCUCAUUUUCACCUAAAGGGUCGUCAGAACAUUCAUCCAUGACUCCUCAGGAGAAUGGUAUAUCGUUGACAACAGCAGAACUGACUAGUGGGGACAUGUGUGUGGACAAAGACAACAGGCCUUUGCCCUUUCAAAGUAGUCUGCCCCAUGCUCAAAGUGAUAGUCAGAAAGAGCUGAAUGGUCAUCAUGUCAUCGUGCCCACAUCUGUUUAUGAUGAGUCGAGACUGAAGGGGGGCUGUGUAGACAUGUCUGUGGAUAUGAGAAAAUCUGUUGGCUCUGAACAAACACAGACAUUAAAGCUGCGAUCAGCAGAUGCACAUUUAAAACAGUCAAGGGAUGGAACUGAGUCAGAAAAAGUGGUAAUUUAUUCUAGUGCAACCGGCACGAGUUCAGGAUCUCAAUCAACACAGGAAUUUGAAUCUCCAAACAUGUCAGGAAGUGUAAACAGACUAUUUGGAGAUGCACAAGCACUAUUCACUGGAGAAAUGUCUCCAGAUGCAUCAUUGACAUUUAGACGAAAGGCAGAGAUUGGUGCGCUCAGCGAUGUCAAUCAAGCUAAAUUGGGAACUGUCAAACAUUCCGGGCAAGACACAGGGCAGGGUGAUGAUGCUACACAUACCUCUGCUAACACAAUAUCUGCAACUGCAAAAACACCAGUCAAUGUGGAUCUAAAUAGUACAGUUGAUGAUGGAAAGUGCCUGGAACCUACAAUGUUGAGUGACAAAUCACUGGCUGUGUCAGGUGCUUUGCAGACUCUCCAGACGCAAGAACAAUCGGUGUCGAGUACUAAAUGCUCAACCUCUGCUUUAAAUCAACCAAAUGUAGACGUAGAAUUUGGAAUUCCUCCUUGUGUUCUCGCAGACAGAGAAAAUGGUUCUUCUGAAACGUGUGCUCUGUCUGCUGGCCUGAUGGUUGAGGAAAGUAAACAGAGGGUAUCUGCUGAUCCGCUGCGAUCCUCAGUGGCAGACUCAGCCACGCCACCUCUGUCGGCACCCGGUGUCUCGAGGCCAUGUCAGGACAAGCUUGUAAAACACAAGGUAGGAGGAAUAGGAAUGCUUGCUGACGAUUUAGACGAGAAAGCUGAACAUCAAACCUAUGAGGACAUAACUGGCAUCACUGGCAACUUUCUAACCACAGAGAAAAGCGUUGCCAGUCCCGGUCAUCACUUAGAGGCCACCGCGGGCAAAGAGCCGGGGAGGCAAGACAGUGUGUCUAAGUGUAUACAGUCGCUUUCCGAUAAUGGUGCUAAGCUUCAAAGACUGCAGCUGGAGGAUGUUAAAGAAGCAAGCAACCCAUCAAGCAAGCAACCCACAAGGCUGGGUGAUGUUCAACAAGAUUCAGACUCUUUCCUGGCAGACAAGGCUGACGGAGCCUGGAGCCAAAGCACUGGCCCUGGCAAAAGCCCACCAGCACACUCCACAGAUGAGUGUAAGCCUGAGAUUGACAUGAUUCCUCACACAGACACAUGCGGUGCACAUCCAGACAAUCAAGGCCCAGACAUGGACGAAGCAGCCAAAUGCAGGGGGGGCAUCUCCACGCAGAGUUACUUGGAGUGCAUCGGAAGGCUUCAGGACCACUUUGAUGUUCUGGAGGACAUUAAAAGUGACUUUGAGAUGCAAGGGCCUCUCGUUAGCAGCAUCGAUGGCUUGAAUUCCCAGCUGCAGGAGUCUCAGUCUCUGGAGUCCCAGCUUGCUGCUUUUGCUGCCGUGCUAACGGCAGACCUGGAGAUAGCCGCACAGCUGCUAAAUUCUGCUGAUGAACUCGUUCCUUCACAAAUCCAGCAAGAUUUGGCUUCAGCCUUCACAUAUUUACAGCCCGCUUUCACAGACUUGUGCCAAAUGUCUGCUGAAAGGAGUAGUCUUAUAUUCCAAGCAAUUGAGACAGAAAAGUCCCAGUUAGGCACAUCUUACCAGGAACUCCUCUCCUCCCUGGACACGCUGUCUGGGAAGAUACAUGACGACUGCGAGACCAUCUGCAAACUUGACGUCAUGGACAUAGAUAACAUGGAAGAAAUUAAAAACAGAAUUCAGCGCAAUGAGGAGAUGGGACAGUCCUCGUCAGGCACCCAGAAACGCCUGGAUGAGGCCUCAGCUAGGGUUCAGCACUUCAUCUCCGAGCACGCUCAGUUCCUGAGCCCGGCGCAGAGCAGGGCGCUGUUGAAGAGCCUGGCUGGUGCCCAGAGGGCGUUUAGGGAGCUCUCGGACAAGCUCUCGUCCCAGCACCGCACGCUGGAGCUGCAGCUGGAGGUGCAGGAGGAUGAGGAGAAGCAGCAGCAGGAGAUUCACCAGCAGGAUGUGGCUGAGAAGCAGAAGGAGUUUUCCGGUAAGCUGCAGGAGAUGUGUGAGAGCCUCACCCAGACGGAGAACCGUCUCAUCGGACACCAUCAGCAGACGCAAACCAUCGCCACCAACAACAUGGAGGACCUGCAGCAGUACCGCCAAGAGCAGCAGGCCCUCCAAAAAGACAUCCAGACGAACGCCAGAGAUUUAAAUGAAGUCAUAAGCAGUUCUAAAAAGUUCCUGGAGGAGAAUCGCCACGUGCUCUCCGCCGAGCAGGUCGCCGACGUCGAGAGGAAGCUGGAGGAGGCCAAGAGCAGAGCCAACAUGCUCAACGAGAAGGCCGAGGAGUCCAGGAAAGACCUGGAGAAGGUCGUCACCACCGCACUCAAACAGGAAACAGAGAAGAUUGCCGCUGUGGAGCAGCUGGAGGAGAGCAGGAGUAAGAUCGAGGGCCUACUGGGCUGGAUCUCCAACGUGGGGAAGGAGAAAGGCGUGGGGGACAGCACGCAGAAGGAGGCGCAGGAGCAGGAGACGCAGCAGCAGGGGCAGGGGCAGGCCGGGACAGAAAAUGGGAACCUGCCCAUGGAAACCAGAGCGGAUGACGCCAAUGGAAACGCACUAGACACCACCGACAACCGACACGUUAUUUCCAGCAAAGGGAAAGACUCCAGCAGCAGCAGCACAGCAGACCUGGAUAAGCAGUUUGACAGAGUCAAGGCUCACCACCAGGAGAUCCUGUCUCAGCAGCAGGAGCUGAUCAUCGCCACCCAGUCUGCUCAGGCUCUGCUGGACAAGCAGGCCCACGUGCUGUCCCCCUCCGAGAAGGACAAGCUGCAGAGAGACAUCCAGGAACUUAGGGGGCGCUACGAGGACUCGCUCACCCGCGCAGAGCAGCAGAUGAAGCAGGUGCAGGCCGUGCAGGAGGAGCUGGCCAAGUUCCAGGGGGACUGUGGAGACUUCCAGUCCUGGCUGCAGACGGCCCAGCAGGAGGUGGAUGAGCUGGGGGAGCCGGCGGGCCGCCUGGAGGCCCUGGAGGACAAGCUCCAGAGGCAGAGGAGCUUCGCGGAGGACGUGAUCUCGCACAAGGGAGACCUGCGCUUCAUCACCAUCUCCGGCCAGAAGGUCCUGGACGCCGCCAAGGCCGCCAGCCGAGCGGGAGACCAGGGAGGAGGAGCCAAGGACACGCUGCCCGAGGUGGACAUGUCAGGGACCUGUGCCGCCGUGCAGGAGAGGCUGGACGCUGCCGCCGGACUCUACAAGGCUCUGCACUCUCAGUGUAAUCAGCUGGGCAGCAACCUUAAAGAGGUGGUGGAUAAGUAUAAGAAGUACGAUGAGGCCAGCGGAGGGCUGCUGAAGUGGCUGGACACCUCGGAGGAGGAGGCCCGGAGACAGCAGGCAGAGGCCAUCGCAGCAGACCCCAAGACCCUGCAGACACAACUGGAGGAUACCAAGGCUCUGCAAGGUCAGACGACGGGGCGGCAGGCUGCCAUGGAAACGCUGAGGAAAACAGCUUACGCGCUCAUCGCGGCCGAGGGGGAGCUGCUGACCAAUCAGGACGAGAUCCAGGAAACAGUGGAUGACAUUGCAGAGCGCUAUGACAACCUGUCCAAGUCUGUGAGCGACCGCAACGAGAAGCUGCAGGUGACGCUGACGCGCUCGCUGAGCGUGCAGGACGGGCUGGACGAGAUGAUGGGCUGGAUGGGCCGUGUGGAGGAUAGCCUGAAGACCAAGGACAGCGUACCUCUGGACUCCGCCAGCAUCGGAGACGCCCUCAGCAAAGAGGCGGCCCUGGAACAGGAUAUGUCCAGUCGACAGAGCAGCAUCUCCGCCAUGCAGGCCAAGGUCAAGAAGUUCGCGGAGACGGCCGACCCUAAGGCGGCCGCCCAGCUGCAAUCCAAGAUGGCCGCCCUGUCUCAGCGCUUCGGUGACGCCUGCGGCAAGCACAAGCAGAAGGUGUCGGAGCUGGAGCAGCUGAAGGACAAGGUGGAAGACUUCGAGCGGACAGCGGAGAAGGUGCAGCAGUUUGUGCUGAAACGCUCACAGGAGCUGGCAGAGACAGACGGCCCGGGGAAGAACGUCAACGAGCUCUCCAAACUGGUGCAGGACACUAAUGAGGAGUUAUCGGAGAAUGCGAAGGACCUGGAGAGGUUGCAGAAGCUGUCUAAGGAGCUGUCCCACCUCAGCCCCGCCCCCCAGGGCAGCAAGACCCAGUUGGAGGGCAAGAUGGAGAACUUGACCAACACCUUCAACGCCUUCAAGGACACAGUCAGAGAAAAACGGGAGGAGGUUACGUCAUGCCAGGACCAGCUGGGGGAGUUCAAGGCUGCGGCGGGGGCCCUGAUCAAGUGGCUGGAGGAGAGCACGGGGAAGGUGCCAGCGGCCAAGCCCAACGCCGGAGAGAAGAGCAUGGGAAAAGACCUCAAGAGAGUCACUGCUUUGCUGGAAGAGUGGUCCUCCAAGGCUCCUCAGGUGGAGGAUAUUAAUAGCAAGGGCUCUGCUCUCUGCAGCCUAAUCAGUGUUUUGACCUCGCCUGCCAAGGCUAAGAUCACUCCAAAAUCCAAAUCAGGGUCAGCUGUUACUAACGGCUCUGGACCGGGAUCGCAUGCUUACCUAACCAAUAAAGAGCUGACGGUGGUGCAGCAGAGCAUGGUGCAGGUGCGGGAGGGCUACGGGACCCUGGGGGAGCUGCUGAGGGCUCGGGAGGCCGAGCUGCGGCGCUCGCUGGCGGACGUGAAGGAGGCGCGGGAGCAGGGCGCCGCCAUGAAGACCUGGCUACAGGACAUGAAGAAGACCGCAGCCUCCUGGGGCACCGCCUCCUCCGACGCCACUGACGGCGCAAAGCAUGCUGGGAAGGAGUCUGUCAAGGCACAGAUGGAACAGCAGAAGGCCUUUGAAGAGGGCUUGAAAGCGAAGCAGUCUGAGCUCCAGCAGCUGAGAGAGAAGCUCCUGCAGCUGAUCGAGCAGCACCCCGACUCACCCGAAGCGGCCAAGUGGAAACAGAUGCUGGCCGAGAUAGAUGCAUCGUGGGAGGAGGUGAGCGGCUCGCUGGCGGACAGGAAGCAGCACCUGGAGGAGUCGUCGCGCAUGCUGGAGCUCUUCCAGACGAACGAGCCGCAGCUACGUCAGUGGCUCCAGGAGAAGGAGCUGAUGGCUGGGGUGCUGGGACCCCUCUCAGUCGACCCCAACAUGCUCAAGAUGCAGAAACAGCAAGUCCAGAUUCUCCUGAAGGAGUUUGACAGCCGCACGCCGCAGUACGAGCAGCUGAAGGAGGCGGCGGCGGCCAUCUUGAGUUCCUCGGGGGCGCAGGACCCGUCGGCCGCGGCCGUCAAGGACCAGCUGGCGUCCAUCAGCCAGAAGUGGAAGGACCUGAGCGGGCAGCUGGGCCAGCGCGCCGGCCUCAUCGACCAGGCGGCGGGCAAGACAGGCCAGUUCCAGGAGCUGCUGCAGUCGCUGGCGGAGAGUGCCGGAACCCUGGAGGCCCAGCUAGAGGAGCAGAAGGCCCUGAGCUCGCAGCCCGACGCCGUCAAGAAGCAACUGGAGGCCACCAACGACACCCUGGCUCGCCUGCGGGAGGAGAGGAAGAGGCUGAAGGAGGCGGAGACGCUGUGCGGAGAGCUCUCGGCCCUGGUGGCUGAGGAGUAUCUCCGGGCCGAUCUGGCCAAGCAGCUGGAGGGAGUCACCAAGCCUUUCAAAGCCCUGGAGGACAAAGCAGGGAAACGUAUCCAGCAGCUCAACUCGGCCUUCGCCAGCUCGCAGCAGUUCCACCAGACGUCCAAAGACUUCCAGGACUGGCUGGACAAGAAGCUGGAGGAGCAGUCCAAGCCGCAGCACAUCUCGGCCAAGACGGACGUCCUGCAGCAGUCCAUCCAGGACCACGGCGACGUCCAGAAGGCGCUCGGCGAACAGGAGGAGCCCUACGGCACCAUCAUGAGAGAGGGAGAGGCCCUACUCCAGAGCACAGAGGGGGCGGAGAAGGUGGCGCUGCAGGGACAGCUGGCGGCCCUCAAGUCCAACUGGGAAGAGGUGAAGAAGUCCGCGUCGGAGAGGGGCGAGAAGCUCCAGGGCGCCCUGCAGCGGGCGCAGAAGUACGGCGAGCAGGCCGACAAGCUGAGCUCCUGGCUGGAGGAGACGCAGAGCCGCGCCGCCAGCGGGGUGAAGCUGAGCGCCAGCCCCGCAGAGGUGGAGAGCUCCUUGGCUCAGGUCAAGGCCAUCCAGAAGGACGCGGACAAGCAGCGUGGGCAGCUGGAGACGCUCAAGACGGCGGCCGACAACCUCCUGGAAGUGGCCACCGCGGACAAGGAAGCCGUGGACGCGGAGAGGGCCGCUAUCGAGAAGAGCUGGGACGCGCUGAGCGAGGACCUGCAGGGCAAGAAGGAGUCGCUGGAGACGCUCGCGCAGAAGCUCAAGACAUUCGGCGACACGCAGAAGCAGGCCAAGGAGCAGUUGGAGGGGGCCAAGAAGCAGCUGGAGAGCCACGCGGCCAUGGGCGUCCAAGCCUGCAGCAACAAGAACCUCAGCAGCAUGAGGAACCAGCAGAGGAGCCUGGAGGAGGUGCAGGGACAGAUCAAGGAGCUGACGGGCCUUGCCCAGGGCCUGGUGGUGGACAUGCCGGACGUGGAGGGAGUCACGGACCUCCUGCUGCAGGCCGACAGCCUGGAGAAGGAGCACGGCUCCGUCAGCGAGGAGGUGUCGGACGUCUGCUCCACGCUGGAGGGCAAGCUGCAGGGCAUCGGCCAGUUCCAGAACAACGUCCGCGAGAUGUUCGGCACCUUCGCCGACCUGGACGACGAGCUGGACAGCAUGCCGCCCGUGGCCCGCGACCUGGAGACCAUCCGGGAGCAGAAAGACGCAGUCCAGGGCUUCGUGGGUAAGCUGCAGGAGCUGAUGUCCAACGCGGCCAACGCCAAGGACAGCUGCAAGAAGAUGCUCCAGGCGGAGGCAGCGGAGGCCUCGCCGGACCUGCUGGGCGUCAAGAAGGACCUGGAGGCCCUCAGCAAGCAGAGCGGCAAGCUGAUGGACCGCGCUCGCGGACGGGAGGAGCAGGUGCAGAGCACUCUGGGCCGCAUGGAGGAGCUCCAGGGGAAGAUGGAGGAGUUCACGGGGAAGCUGAAGAAGGCGGAGGACCAGGAGGAUUCCCAGGGUCCUGUUGGAAUGGAAACGGAUGUCAUCAACCAACAGCUGGAGGCCUUCAAGGUGUUCCAGAAAGACACAAUUGAGUCAUUACAAGCUCAAUUACAAGACCUGAACUGGGUUGGCCAGGGCCUGAUCCAGAACGCUGCCAAAGGAACCAACACCAAGGGCCUGGAGCAGGACCUCGACGAUGUCAACACCAGGUGGAACACCCUCAACAAGAAGGUUGCGGAGCGCUCGGCCCAGCUGCACGAGGCCCUGUUGCAUUGUGGGAGGUUUCAGGACGCCCUGGAGUCUCUGCUCAGCUGGCUCACCGACACCGAGGAGCUGGUGGCCAAUCAAAAGCCUCCGUCGGCCGAAUUCAAAGUGGUCAAGGCGCAAAUACAAGAACAAAAGCUUCUGCAGCGACUGCUGGAUGACCGUCGACCCACAGUGGAGCUGAUCCGCAAGGAGGCCGGCAAGGUGACGGAGCUGGCGGAGACGCAGGACAAGGAGAAGAUCAGCCGAGAGGUGGAGGGCCUGGGGCAGAGGUGGGACGGCCUCCUGAAGAAAGCAGAGAACAGGCAGAAGCAGCUGGACAGCAUCCUGGUGGUGGCUCAGCAGUUCCAUGAGACCCUGGAGCCCCUUGCUGAUUGGCUGAGCUCCACAGAGAAGCGGCUGGCCAACUCCGAGCCCAUCGGCACCCAGACCGCCAAGCUGGAGGAGCAGAUCGCACAGCACAAGGCCCUGGAGGAGGAGGUGAUGGGCCACAGUAAGGACCUCCACCAGGCCAUGAGCCUGGGCCAGAGCCUGCGGGCCGUCAGCAGCCUGGACGACCGCGAGCUGGUUCAGGGCCGCCUGGACGCCACCCAGACGGGCUUCAUCGAGCUGCAGGAGAGGUGUCGCCGCAAGGCCGAGCUCCUGCAGCAGGCCCUGUCCAACGCCCAGCUGUUCGGAGAGGACGAGGUGGCCCUGAUGAACUGGCUUAGCGAGGUGCAUGGACGCCUCAGCGAGGUGGCGGUGGAGGACUACAAGGCGGACGUCCUGCAAAUGCAGCACGAGGAACAACUGGGUCUUCAUGAAGAGAUCCAGCUGAAGAAGCAGAAUGUUGAUCAGGCCAUUUCCAACGGCAUGGAACUGUUGAAGCAAACCACAGGGGACGAGGUGGUCGUCAUCCAAGGCAAGCUGGAUGGCAUCAAGACGGGUUACGCGGAGAUAAACACCAUGAGCAACCAGGUGACCAAGACUCUGGAGCAGGCUCUGUCGCUGGCCACCAAGCUGGAGGGCACCCAUACGGACCUGACCUCCUGGCUGGACACGGUGGAGGCGGAGCUGGACGUCUUCGGAACCCAGGAGCCCGUCGGAGAGCAGCUGAGUCAGGUGCAGGAGACGCGGAAAGCUCUAUUGAAGGAUGUCCAGGUCCAUAAGCCCCAGGUGGAGAGCCUGAACGAGGUGAGCAGCUCGCUGCUGGAGCUGGUGCCCUGGCGCGCUCGCGAGGGCCUGGACAAGAUGGUGGGCGAGGUCAACGAGCGCUACAAGUCGGCCGGCGACGCCAUCGCCCAGCACGUGGACGCCAUCGGCGCCGCCAUACUGAAGUCGCAGCAGUUUGAGCAGGCUGCGGAGAGUGAGCUCACCUGGCUGAGCGAGGCGGAGAGGAAGCUGCUGUCUCUGGGUGACAUCAAGCUGGAACAGGACCAGACCACAGCGCAGCUCCAGGCGCAGAAGGGAUUUUCCAUGGACGUUAUGAGACACAAAGAUUCGGUGGACGACAUUGUGAAAACAGGAGAGGCCAUCAUGAGCAGCAAGGAUGAGGGUGAAAAACAGGCCCUGAAGGCCAAGAUCCAGUCGCUGCUGGACAAGUACGGCGUGGUGAGCCAGCUGAACUCGGAGCGGUGCCGCCAGCUGGAGCGUGCCCAGGCGCUGGGGGGCCAGUUCUGGGAGACCUAUGAGGAGCUGUGGCCCUGGCUCCAGGAGACACGAAAGAACUUCACCCAGCUGCCCGCACCUGCCAUCGAAUACGAGGCCCUCAGACAGCAGCAGGAGGAGCUGAGGGAAAUGCGCGAGCUGAUAGCUGAGCAUAAGCCACACAUUGACAAGAUGAACAAGACGGGUCCCCAGCUGCUGGAGCUGAGUCCAAAGGAGGGGGAGCCAAUCAGGGACAAGUAUACGACGAGUGACAAGCUGUAUGCCCAAUUGAAAGCUGACGUUUCACAGAGGGCCGCCGCUCUGGAGGAGGCCAUCUCUAAAUCCACACAGUUCCACGAUAAGAUCGACCCGAUGCUGGAGUCCCUGCAGCGGAUCGUGGAGCGCCUUCGCCAGCCUCCCUCCAUCUCUGUGGAGGUGGAGAAGAUCCGCGAGCAGAUCUCCGAAAACAAGGUGGUGACGGUGGACAUGGAGAAGCUGCAGACCACCUACGACACCCUCAAGGAGCGCGGCGAGGAGAUGAUCGCACGCUCCCAGGGGGCCGACAAGGACAUCUCUGCCAAAGCUGUGCAAGACAAGCUGGACGAGAUGGUGUUCGUGUGGAGCGACAUCCAAGCGCUGGUGGAGGAGCGGGAGUCCAAGCUGCUGGACGUCAUGGACCUGGCGGAGAAGUUCUGGUGCGACCACACCGCCCUCAUGGCCACCAUCAAGGACACCCAGGACCUGCUGAAGGAGCAGGAGGAGCCCGGCGUCGACCCCUCCAUCGUCAAACAGCAGCAGGAAACCCUCGAGGGAUUCAGAGAGGAAAUCGACGCCCUCCAGGAGGAGCUUGAUGUCGUGAGGAACCUCGGGGCAGAACUCAUGUCUGCCUGCGGAGAACCAGACAAGCCUGUGAUCAAGAAGAGUAUCGAUGAGGUGAACUCUUCGUAUGAGGCUCUGAUUAAGAUGUGGAAAGAGCGAGUGGAGCAUCUGGAGGAGGCCAUGCAGUCAGCAGUGCAGUUCCAGGACGGACUUCAGGGCAUGUUUGACUGGGUGGAUAUCCUGGAGGGGAAGCUGGAGUCCAUGCCACCUGUGGGUACUGACCUGGAGACUGUCAAGCAGCAGAUGGACGAGCUCAAGGAGUUCAAGUCGGAGGCGUACCAGCUUCAGAUCGAGAUGGAGCGUCUGAACCACCAGGCCGGCCUGCUGCUGAAGAAGGUUCUGGAGGAGGCGGACCGCGCCGCCAUCCAGGAGCCCGUAGCAGAGCUCAAGAUGCUCUGGGACAACCUGGAUGAGAAGGUCAUCAACCGACAGCACAAACUGGAGGGGGCGCUGUUGGCGCUGGGCCAGUUCCAGCACGCUCUGGACGAGGUGUUGGCCUGGAUGAGCCACACCGAGGGCCUGCUGAACGACCAGCGGCAGGCUAGCGGGGACCCCAAGGCCAUCGAGAUCGAGCUCGCCAAGCACCACGUUCUCCAGAACGAUGUCCUGGCUCACGAGAGCACGGUGGAGGCCGUCAACAAGGCCGGUAACGACCUGGUGGCGUCCAGCGCGGGAGAGGAGGCGAGCGGACUGCAGACCCGGCUGGAGAACCUCACCCACCGCUGGAAGAACAUUCUGGAGAAGACGGAGCAGAGGAGGCACCUCCUGGACAGCGCUCUGCUGCAGGCCCAGGGUUUCCAUGGCGAGAUUGAAGACAUGCAGCAGUGGCUGAAAGACACGGAGCGUCAGCUGUUAGCAUCAAAGGCGGUGGGCGGCUUACCAGACACGGCGCGGGAGCAGCUUAACGCCCAUCUGGAGCUGUGCAACACGAUCGAGGUCAAGGAGGAAGUGUACCAGCAGCUGAUGGUGAAAGGCAAACAACUGGUUGCCACGGCGCCCGAGGGUCAGGAGAGCAACCUGGAGCAGGACCUGGCCAACCUGAAUGACAAAUGGGACUCUGUACAGUCCAAGGUGGCAGAGAGGAAGGUGAAACUGGAGGAGGCCCUGUCUAUGGCUACAGACUUCCACAACUCCCUGCAGGACUUCAUCAACUGGCUGACGCAGGCCGAGCAGACCCUGACCAUGGUGUCCCCCGCCUCGCUCAUCCUGGAGACCAUCAUGUUCCAGAUCGAUGAACACAAGGUGUUUGUGACGGAGGUGAAUUCGCACCGCGAGCAGAUCAUCGAGCUGGACAAGACGGGCACGCACCUGAAGUACUUCAGCCAGAAGCAGGACGUGGUGCUGAUCAAGAACCUGCUGCUGAGCGUGCAGGGCCGCUGGGAGAAGGUGGUGCAGCGCUCCGUGGAGAGGGGACGCCUGCUAGAUGACGCCAGGAAACGCGCCAAACAGUUCCAUGAAAACUGGAACAAGCUGAUCGAGUGGCUGGACGAGUCGGAGAAGAACCUGGACUCGGAGAUGGAGAUCGCCAACGAUCCCGACAAGAUCAAGGCGCAGCUGGCCCAACACAAGGAGUUCCAGAAGGCUCUGGGCAGCAAGCACUCGGUGUACGACACCACGGCCCGCACGGGCCGAUCCCUGAAGGACAAGACUUCCCUGCAGGACGACCUCACCAAGCUGGACGACAUGCUCAGCGAGCUGCGGGACAAAUGGGACACCGUGUGCGGCAAGUCGGUGGAGAGACAAAACAAGCUGGAGGAGGCCCUGCUGUUCUCUGGCCAGUUCACGGACGCUCUGCAGGCCCUGAUCGACUGGCUGUACAAGGUGGAGCCCCAGCUGGCCGAAGACCAGCCCGUACACGGAGACAUAGACCUAGUGCUCAACCUCAUCGACAGCCACAAGGUGUUCCAGAAGGAGCUGGGUAAGAGGACGGGCAGUACGCAGGCCCUGAAGCGCUCGGCACGCGACCUGAUGGAGAGCAGCACAGACGACUCGUCCUGGGUCAAGGUCCAGAUGCAGGAGCUGGGGGCACGCUGGGACACCGUCUGCGCCCUCUCCGUCUCCAAGCAGACCCGGCUGGAGCAGGCCCUGUGCCAGGCGGAGGAGUUCCACUCCAGUGUCCACAUCCUGCUGGAGUGGCUGGCCGAGGCGGAACAGAGCCUGCGUUUCCAUGGCAGUCUGCCUGACGACGAGGAGGCGCUACAGGCGCUCAUCGAGACACACAAGGAGUUCAUGAAGAAGUUGGAGGAGAAGCGAGUGUCCCUGACCAAAGCCACGAGCAUGGGGGAGGCCAUCUUGGCUAUCUGCCAUCCAGACUCCAUCACCACCAUCAAACACUGGAACACCAUCAUCAAGGCCCGAUUCGAAGAGGUGCAGGCCUGGGCGCGGCAGCACCAGCAGCGGUUGGCGACGGCCCUGGGGGAGCUGCAGAGCACCCAGGAGCUGGUGGAGCGGCUGCUGGAGUGGCUGCAGUGGGCCGAGAGCACCCUCACCACCAAGGACAAGGAGCCCACGCCGCAGGAGAUCGAGGAGGUCAAGGCUCUCAUCGCACAGCACCAGGCCUUUAUGGAGGAAAUGACCCGGAAACAGCCUGACGUGGACAAGGUCACCAAGACCCACAAGAGGAAGUCGAUAGCGGAGGCACCUGGACAAUCCCAAAUACCCGUACUGGAGAAAGGUCGCACUCCAGGAAGGAAGCGCUCUCCUACCCAAAGCAUGUACACCGCAGCUGCACAAACGCAGGUGGAGACCAAGAACCCGCGAGUUAACCUCCUGGUCAGCAAGUGGCAGCAGGUCUGGCUCCUGGCUCUGGACAGGCGGAGGAAACUCAACGACGCUCUGGACCGACUGGAGGAGUUGAAGGAAUUUGCCAACUUCGACUUUGACGUAUGGCGGAAGCGCUACAUGCGGUGGAUGAACCACAAGAAGUCGCGCGUGAUGGAUUUCUUCCGCCGCAUCGACAAAGACCAGGACGGCAAAGUCACUCGACAGGAGUUUAUCGAAGGCAUCCUGUCCUCCAAAUUCCCCACCAACCGCAUGGAGAUGAGCGCCGUGGCUGACAUUUUUGACCGUGAUGGAGACGGCUAUAUCGACUACUACGAGUUUGUGGCUGCCCUUCAUCCAAACAAGGAUGCCUACAAACCCCUCACAGACGCAGACAAGAUAGAAGACGAGGUAACUCGUCAAGUUGCGAAAUGUAAAUGCCCCAAACGAUUCCAAGUGGAGCAGAUCGGCGCCAACAAGUACCGGUUCUACCUUGGAAAUCAGUUUGGGGAUUCCCAACAACUCCGUCUGGUCCGCAUCCUCCGCAGUACCGUCAUGGUCCGCGUGGGAGGUGGCUGGAUGGCCCUGGACGAGUUUCUGGUCAAGAACGACCCUUGUCGAGUUCAUCAUCACGGAAGCAAAAUGUUGCGCUCGGAAUCAAACUCGUCAAUUACUCAGUCUCCUAUAGCCAAAGGAAGGACAAAUGUGGAGCUUCGAGAGAAGUUCAUUCUCCCAGAAGGCACCACUCAGGUGAUGGCAAGUUUCCGCUACAGAGGUCGUAGGUCGCGACCCUCGUCGAGAGCGGCCUCCCCGAACCGCUCCAACUCCACGAGCCACAGCUGUCCUGCGCAGCAGCCCAACCCAACACAGACCAGUACCCCUAAGUGCCAACACAUAACCCGCAAUUAUGAUAAACCCUGGCUGACAAACAGCAAAUCUUCCACCCCUCUAAAAUCAUCCGACUCCUUUGACAGCCAAGGGUCUUCCACAGAGAGUACACCCAUCCAAGGCAGCAAACUGCGGCUGCCGGGGUACCUCUCGGGAAAAGGCUUCCAGCAGUCCGGAGAGGAAGGCACUCUCAUAUCUGCUGCAGUAUUGAAGGCACGGGGGCAGUCAUUCGACUCCAAGAAGGGCCUGAGCCGGCCCGGUAGCAAGGCAGGUAGCCGCGGCAGCAGCCGGCGAGGCAGCGACGCCUCCGACUUCGACAUCUCCGACAUCCAAUCGGUGUGCUCCGACGCGUCCGAGUCCGCGACGCCGGACACCAGCCGGACGCCGGCCACGCCCCGCUCCGCCCCCCGGGCACACGGCGGCAAGCCCUCCAAGAUCCCCACGCCCCAACGGAGGUCCACGCCCGUCCACACCACUAGCAAACUGGCCAAGACCUCCAAGAGAUAGUCAGGAGCUGACCCCCCAACCCAACCCAACCCAACCCCUCACCCCUCCUCAUCCCCACACCAAUCAGCACUGACACUGACAACUGGAGACACAUAGACUGACACUUAAAAAAAGGACUCUUGUACUAGUUAGUUAACUUAAGAAAGUUGUAGCAAGGUGUAAAAUAUUCCAUGGGAGAGAAAAGAAAAAAAAGAAAAAACGAAUGUGGUGUUAUGUGGAGCGUGAAUGGUUAUUAUUGCCUAUGGCCUUGUGAUGAAUUCAUGUCUGUAUUUUAUUUCAUGUGAAUAAUUGUCCUGUCAAAAAAGAUGAUUGUUAUUAUUGUUAAUUGUUUAUUAUUUUAUUGAUGCUUUUUUCCUGUUAAAGGUUAGGCGGAAAAAAUGAACAAAAAAAUGUACAUUGUUGAGUUAAACUAACAAUUUUACACGAGUUGUGCUCUGAAAGAGAUGCUGAAUGUACUGUAUUUUUAUUUUAUUUUUCGAGCUGACAAGCGUUUGGACAGACGGUGCGUCUCUGUACUCUGCUAUGGCAACACUAUUAUUUAUUCAUCUAUUUAAAAGUGCAAUGAAGUGCUGCCGUUAGACAUAUAAAAGGGCAAUACUUAAUAUACUGUACAAAAAAACAAAUCAUCAUAACCAUGGCAAAUACAUUCUGAAAUCUUUCAAAAAAAAAAAAAAGAAAGAAAACGCAAACUGUGCAAGCUACUAAACCUAGCAGUAACCUUAAACUUAUGGCCUUUAAUCGACAUCAUACUCACUCUGUGCACCUGCGGUUAACCGUUUUAUUUUGAUGAACUUGUGUGUGUGUGUGUGCGUGUGUACGUGUGUAAUGAUGAUGAGUGUGUGAGCUGGGUGUGAUGUGUGUAUGCACCCUGGAACUCCAAACAGGUCUCUGUUGAGACCCUGGAAGGCAGAGAUGUUCAGAGGUGCAUUCAUGUCAGUGUACUGUAUGGUUGUACUUUUAUUUUGCCUGAGUGGAAAAGGAUUACCCUUAAAAAACCAUGUCUUUUUGUAAUAAAGAAAUCUGCUUGCAGAAAUCCAC